UUAACACAUAUUCCUUUUAUGGUCGUCCAAGUAGCAUAUAAUUUCUCUAUCGUUUUCUUCUUCUCUCUUAAUUUACAAACACAGCCAGUUUUCUGCAACUGUCAUCACCUAACCAAACUUCUUUCCCAAUCCGGUAAACCGGUUACCCAAAUACAGUGAAUCGGAUCCAUAGUAAAGCCCACAUGGACCUGUAUGGGAGUCUCUCAAAACGCAUCCACCACCCUCUCCUCCACCUCCGCCUCCUCUUCUUGUUUGUUCCAACCUAGACGAAACGACAGUUCUUAGUGUUUCGAAAUCAUUUCAAGAAACUUCAAGAAACAAAGUCCAAUGUCGUGUCAAUCUAUAAUCUCGGCCUUAACAGAGGAUAUACUCAUAAAAGUCAAUGACAAGCUCAUUUCCGAGUCGGAUCGGAAAACAUUUCGUCUCGUUUGCAAAGAAUUCCACAAAAUCGAAUCACUAACUCGCAAAACGCUGCGUAUCCUCCGCUUCGAAUUUCUCUUACCUCUUCUUCUUAAGUUUAACAACAUUGACUCUUUAGACCUUUCCGUUUGUCCACGUAUUGACGACGCAACAGUGUCGUUGCUGUUAAGACGCGACUCAGCCGGAGGAUUACUCAGAAAGCUGAAAUCUUUGAACUUGAGUCGGGCUACUGGGUUGAGAUUCACGGGUCUGGAGAUGAUAAUACGGGCAUGCCCGUUUCUGGAGCGGGUUGACGUGUCUUAUUGUUGUGGGUUUGGUGAUAGAGAGGCUGCAGCGAUAUCUUGUGGUGGUGGAUUAAAGGAGCUGACUUUGGAUAAAUGUUUGGGAGUAAGUGAUGUUGGGUUAGCGAAGAUCGCUGUUGGUUGUGGAAGAUUGGAGAAGAUUAGUUUGAAAUGGUGUAUGGAGAUAUCUGAUCUGGGUGUCGACCUUUUGUGUAAAAAAUGUGUUGACCUGAAGUUUCUUGAUGUUUCUUAUCUGAAGGUGACCAGUGAUUCACUCCGUUCGAUUGCUUCUUUGCCAAAAUUGGAGGUUUUGUCUUUGGUGGGGUGCACUUCGGUGGAUGAUGUUGGAUUCCAAUAUCUUGGAAAUGGAUGUCCUUUACUACAGGAAAUUGAUCUGUCAAGGUGUGAUUGUUUGAGUUCCUCUGGCCUGAUUUCUAUAAUUAGAGGACAUACUGGACUUAGGCUGAUCCGUGCUGCUUACUGCGUUUCAGAACUUUCGCCUACAGUUCUCCACUGCAUGAAAGACUUGAAGAAUCUGACCACGAUUAUAAUUAAUGGGGCUCGAGUUUCAGACACUGUUUUCCAGACCAUAAGUAGCUACUGCAGUUCUUUGUCACAAAUUGGGUUGAGCAAAUGCAUUGGGGUAACUAAUAUGGGCAUUGCACAGCUAGUCUCUGGUGGUUUGAACUUGAAGGUCCUAAGUUUAACAUGUUGCCAUUCCAUAACUGACGCUGCAAUUUCUACUAUAGCAGACUCUUGUAGGAACCUUGUGUGCCUGAAGUUAGAGUCUUGCAAUAUGAUCACUGAAAAGGGUCUUGAACAGCUUGGAUCAAACUGCUUGUUGCUCGAGGAGCUUGAUCUCACUGAGUGUUCUGGAAUAAAUGACACAGGGCUUGAAUGUCUUUCUAGAUGUUCAGGACUUCUAUGCUUGAAAUUAGGACUCUGCACGAACAUUUCGGACAAAGGACUGUUUCACAUUGCUUCUAAUUGUUCGAAGCUUAAUGAACUGGAUCUAUACCGCUGUAGCGGUAUUGGAGAUGAUGGUUUAGCUGCUUUAUCAAGUGGUUGCAAGAAGUUGAAGAAACUCAAUGUGUCCUACUGCAAUCAUAUUACUGAUGUAGGGAUGAAAUAUCUUGGUUAUCUGGAGGAGCUCUCUGACCUGGAAUUGCGGGGGCUUGACAAAAUUACAAGUGUAGGUUUGACAGCAUUUGCAGCCAAGUGUAACACGCUAGCAGAUUUGGACCUGAAACAUUGUGAGAAAAUUGAUGAUUCAGGAUUCUGUGCACUUGCUUAUUACUCAAAAAACUUGCGGCAGAUAAAUUUGAGCCACUGCACUCUAUCGGACAUGGUGUUAUGCAUGCUGAUGGGAAAUCUGACACGCUUGCAAGAUGCAAAACUUGUGCACCUCAAAAAUGUCACCGUGGAAGGGUUUGAGCUUGCGCUUAGGGCUUGCUGUGUCCGGAUCAAGAAGGUUAAAUUAGUUGCUCCUCUCAGAUUCUUGCUUUCCUUGGAAAUACUUGAGAUUUUACGUGCCAGGGGUUGCACAAUUAGAUGGGAUUAAUACCCAGUUGUAUUCAGAGAUGGCAAACGUUAAAUGCCCCUCAGCGAAUAAGGUCAGCUCAAAAUUGAGGAGGGGUUAAAGUAAUCAUGUUUGGAAGAAUCUGUGAUAAGUUGAAGUUGAUUCAGUUCAACCGGGCCACUAAAAAGGAAUUUAAACACGAAAGGCGUUUUAUUUGUUUCCUUUUUUUUUGGCUUCCUUGUUUUUCUGUUGUGGCUCAAGAUGUAAUUCUCUUGUAAAUUGCGUCAAUAUAUAUCAAAGCCAAUAUGGUUAAAUAAUGCUGGAAAUUGAUCCAAAUUUCCCUUUUUGGUGCGUAUCAGCACUAGUUA